CAGCGGUCACCGGGCAGUAGUACGCGGUCAGGGGACAGGCGCGGCGCGAACAGCCCGGUCGCCAGGCGGAGCGCGUCGGGCUGCUGAGGGAGCUGCAUAAGAUGGCGGCGGCGGGAGCCGAGGCGGCUGCGGUGGCGGCGGAGGAGGAGAAGCGGCUGCCCGAGGGUGACCCCGAGUCCGGGGGAGACUCGGAGGAUGAAGGCGAUUCCGACUCCUCUGGAGACGGCGAAGAUGAGGAAAAGGAGAACGAAGCCGAGAUCCAGCGGCUGGAGGAGCAGCUUUCUAUCAAUGCUUUUGACUAUAACUGCCACUUGGAUCUGAUCAAGCUGCUGCGCCAGGAGGGAGAGCUGAUCAAGCUCAGGAGAGCUCGACAGAAGAUGAGUGAACUCUUCCCCCUUACUGAAGAGAUCUGGCUGGACUGGUUGAAGGAUGAGAUUAAAAUGGCUUCUGAGAGCUCUGAGAGGGAGAAAGUUUAUGAGCUGUUUGAGAGAGCUGUGAAGGACUACAUCUGUCCUGAAAUCUGGUUGGAAUAUGCCCAGUACUCCAUUGGGGGCAUUGGGCAGGAAGGAGGCAUCGAGAGAGUCCGCUCCAUCUUUGAGCGAGCGCUGACUGCGGUCGGGCUGCACGUGACCAAAGGGACAGCCCUGUGGGAAGCUUAUCGGGAGUUUGAGAAUGCCAUCCUGGAAACAGCACAGCCAGCUCCUGGCAGUGUUCCAUCUCCUGAGCAGCAGCAGGUGCUGUGCAGCCAGCUGGAGAAGAUCCACACCCUGUUCAGGCGCCAGCUGGGGAUCCCACUGCUGGAUAUGGAGGCUUCCUAUGCUGAGUAUGAGGAAUGGUCAGAAGAUCCAAUACCAGAAACAAUAAUAAAGAGUUACAAAAAAGCUCUGCAGCAACUGGAGAAGUGUAAACCAUAUGAAGAGGCACUGCUGGGUGCUGAGACCCCAAAGCUGGCAGAAUAUCAAGCUUACAUUGAUUUUGAAAUGAAAGCAGGUGAUCCAGCUCGUAUUCAGUUGAUCUAUGAGAGAGCUUUGGCUGAGAACUGCCUGGUGCCAGACCUGUGGGCUCGUUACAAUCAGUAUUUGGACAGGCAGCUGAAAGUGAAGGAAUUGGUUCUGUCUGCUCAUGACCGUGCUGUGAGGAACUGUCCCUGGACUGUGGGGCUGUGGAUUCGGUACCUCCUGGCUCUGGAGAGGCACAGAGUUGAUCAUGGCACCAUUUCUGAAAUGUUUGAGAAAGCUCUGAAUGCAGGCUUUAUUCAGGCAACAGACUAUGUAGAGAUCUGGCAGGCAUAUCUUGAUUACCUGAGGAGAAGGGUGGAUUUCACACAAGAUUCAAGUAAAGAACUAGAAGAGCUGAGGUCUGCAUUUGCACGUGCUGUGGAGUAUUUGAAACAAGAAGUAGAAGAAAGAUUCAGUGAAAGUGGAGACCCCUCCUGCACCAUCAUGCAGAACUGGGCAAGAGUUGAGGCUCGUUUGUGUAACAACAUGCAGAAGGCCAGAGAGCUCUGGGACAACAUCAUGACUAAAGGGAAUGCCAAAUAUGCCAACAUGUGGCUGGAGUAUUACAACCUGGAAAGGGCUCAUGGGGACACUCAGCACUGCAGGAAGGCUUUGCACAGAGCUGUGCAGUGCACCAGUGACUAUCCAGAGCAUGUCUGUGAGGUGCUGCUCACACUGGAGAGGAUAGAAGGAACAUUGGAAGACUGGGAUGCAGCUGUUCAGAAAACAGAGAACAGAUUAGCUCGAGUGAAUGAACAAAGAGCCAAGGCUGCUGAGAAAGAAGCUGCUCUGGCAAAGCAAGAGGAGGAGAAAGCUGAGCAAAGAAAGCAGGCUCGGGCAGAAAAGAAAGCUUCCAAAAAGGCUAAAAAAACCAGGAUUGGAGACAAGAGGAAAGCAGAUGAUGAUGAUGAUGAUGAGUGGGGACAAGAAGAAGAAGCAGAGCAGCCCAACAAGAGACACAAAGGAGAUGGUGAUGGGGUGCUACUUGAAGAAGACAUGGAGGUAGAAAUGGGGCUGUUUGGAAGAAGUGGGCCUGAAAAACCAGCAAACCAGAAGGAAAAGGCAUCUACCAGUAGGAGAGACAUCCCCAAAGUCCUACAUGACAGCAGCAAAGAUCACCUCACUGUCUUUGUCAGCAACCUUGCCUACAACAUGGCAGAGCCUGAAGUGAAGCUGAAGGAGCUCUUUGAGGGCUGUGGGGAGGUGGCAGAGGUCAGACCAGUGUUCAGCAACAAAGGGACUUUCAGGGGCUACUGCUAUGUGGAAUUUAAGGAAGAGAAAUCUGCUCAGCAAGCCCUCAGCUUGGAUCGUAAGGUUGUGGAGGGGAGACCCAUGUUUGUUUCUCCAUGUGUUGACAAGAACAAGAACCCAGACUUUAAGGUAUUCAGGUAUAGCACUACACUGGAGAAACACAAACUGUUUAUAUCUGGUUUGCCAUUUUCCUGCACUAAGGAAGAGCUGGAAGCUGUGUGUAAAGCACAUGGGAAUGUGAAGGACAUCAGGCUGGUCACCAACAGAGCUGGAAAACCUAAGGGCUUGGCUUAUGUGGAAUAUGAAAAUGAAGCUCAGGCCUCCCAGGCUGUGCUGAAGAUGGAUGGUCUGGUGGUGAAGGAGCACACCAUCAAGGUGGCCAUCAGCAACCCACCCCUCCGCAAGCUGCCAGACAGGGCUGAGGCAGGCAGGGCCCCACAGUUUGCAGUGCCACGACAGCCUUAUGGAGCGCGAGGGAAGGGAAGGACCCAGCUCUCCCUGAUGCCGCGGGCGUUACAGCGCCAGAGUCACCCUGGGGCUAAAGCUGAGAAUGGGAUGGUCCAGAACUCACCAGCAACUUCCUCCAAACCCCCUUCUGAGGAGCCUAAAAAAAUGUCCAAUGCUGAUUUUGCCAAGAUGCUACUGAAGAAGUGAGCAGGAAGUCUGGAAGCAGCGAGUCUGGUGAAAUGUGAAAUGCCUUUAUGGAAGCCAUGUUGUGUCCUUAUGCUAGCAAGGAGAGAAUCAUGUGUAAAUACCCUUCUGGACUGCUGCAGUCAUUGAGGUCAGUGUAGGAUGGUACAAAUCCAGCUGUUUUCCUCUGUUUCUAAGAGUAAAAAGAGUUAUACUGUGUUCUGGUCAAAUGGUGUUUAUAUGAUUCCUCAUAUUGAGGGUAACAAGGAGGGAAAUAUCUCCUGUAGAGGUUGGAUCCCACAUCAAGGUUUAUGAAUCCCUUGCAAAUAUUUCUCUUUCAUUAAUGAAACGAGAUGAAAUGUGAAAGCCUGGUGAUAACCUUGUUGAGCUCCACUGGUUGGUUCUGAUUGUGAUUGCUGUCAUUCUCUCUGACAAAAACCCCUCAUUUUCCACCCAAACACACCCACCACAGGGACAUCCAUCUCCUUCCAUUACCAGUUCAAUGGCAGAUGCUAGUAACCUCACCACUAUGGCCUAUUUUAGUAUCCAGAGUUUCUAUACAUAUGUGUGUAUAUGUAUAUACAUAGAUAUGUAUUCAGUUCAUGUUCUGUUCCAGUUGACCUGUUUUUUUUUUUUUUUAUAUUGUGUAUUUGUAAAAGACAUUCAAGUUGUUAUUUUUAAGUGUUAUGAGAAAAUACUUAGCUCUGGUCAUUUUGGUUUCCCAGAAAACCCAAAGCUGUACAUGCUGUUGUUGAGGACCAUUAUCCUUUUUGUUGUUUUUUUUUAUUUUUUGUUUUGCUAGCUAGCUCAUGUCUUUUGCAGGUGGUUUCUGUAUGGUUUUGUACAAAUGUGAAGUGCAAGCUGAUGUUUCUUGGUUUAUUAAACUCAAGUUCUCAAAGGUUUUCUAUAAA